GCUAUUUAUCAUAACAGCAACUUUCAGUUUAGAGGAUUUUAUUUAAUUGUCGUUAGGUUUCAUUUUUGUGUUUGGAGGUCUUAUUUGAAAUCUUGACACUGUGUCAACACAUGUGGCUAUACUAACCUCUUUAUCUCCGAAUUCAAGUGGCCAAGCUAAGGGGCACACAGCAACACUAGCUGUGCCUCCCACAGCAAACACUGUGAGCGUUCAGGAAAUUGUUAGUAGUCUCUCAGUCAGAUGUUAGAGAUGUUACAGUAUCUCUGGGCCAGAUUCUGAUGAGGGCGAGGCCCCAUCUCACCCUCCUGCAUGUCCUUCUUCAACCAGGAGAGGUGUCAGGUAUAAACACAUUUAACAGCUGAGUCGAAUGGGGAAGUACACUGCGCCUGACGGUUUUGAAACGACUAGUGCGCGCUUCCUCGGGGUGCAGACGAACAGCUCAACGGACAGAUAAGUAUAGGUGAAUAUGCGAAAGUUUGAAAAAUUAAGUGAGCGAUAUUAUUAACACAUUCUCUGUCUCUCUCUCACACACACACACCACAGAUAGAAAGAGAGAAUGUGAACAGAAAGACAUAGACGGGGUGAGAGAUGGAGGCAGAGAAGGAUAAAGAACACACAGAUGCGAAUCGUUACUGAGCGGCUGUGGACAGAGUUUCAUGACAGUUUUAGUUGUUAAUUAACCAGACCUUUGAAUUCCUGUGAAUGAGGAAAUUGUUUCUAUUUCCCAGUAGCGAAGUCCUGCCUUAGUAGCUGAGAAAUUAGAGCUUCUCUGUAACUGUCUCUCAGGUGAAAACUGGGAACUCAGGCUGUCCACCCGGAUAGAUGGUCGAGUACCCUUUGACACAAGCUGACGAGGAGGCCCAGCGUGUGCUUGAGGACAAUUCACAGGACAAGACUUCAUUUCCGAUGGAGAACAAACACCCAAGACGACGACCAUGUCGGCUAAGAGACGCCGCAAGAAGAAAAACAACCAGCUCAUGUUGUCCAGAAAGGGAGAGAAGCGCUCCCUGCAGGACUGGACUAUGCUGGACGCCGAGACUCUCUUCCCUCACCUGGGCGAGCAGACGUACCGCGUCCCUCCCGUGUACUUCAACCGCCAAAACGUUGUCCUGCAGGACGAGCACAACAUCUACGGCACACCGACCGGAAGUACAGUCAACGGCUGCAUUGCGCAUGACGGGGUGAAGUCAGACGACAACGUGGCGGACACAGAACCCAGCGGGGACUCUUUGUCUGACGAAGAGGCACAGGAGAGUGCUGACAAGGGCUACACAAACGGUUACACUCUCGACAGCUGCAAUCAAACUCCCGGCAAGAAACGGAAGCUGGCUGUACUGCGAGAAGUCUGCGAGAACGGAUGCGGGGAGGCGAUAGGCUGCGAAGUUAAAGUAAGUAGGGAUGUGUCCACCAACCUUAAACAGACGUCGCCGCAGGAGAAAGAAUGUGGACAAACCCAGUCCCACCCCGAACUGUGGAGACAGGAGAAAGUGCGAGUGCUUGUCCCUCCGCAGGAGAGCCAGGUGCGACGAGACAAGGCCUGUCACGUGUGCUGGACACAAUGGAGUACCUGAGCCGGCAGCUGCAGCAGCAGCACCAGAAGCCACUCUUCAUUGUCAGCAGCAUCAGCUACGACAACUACCUCAGCCGCCUGCCGGCGCGGUCAGCGGCGAGUUUCAAGGUGCCCCGCCCCCAGGACGUGGCUAAGCGCGGCCAGCUGGACAUCCUGGUCCUCCACGAACGAGCAGGUGUCAUCCUUGUACAGGUCAAGGCUGUGGGAGACAACCUGGCUUCCUGGAACGCCACGCCGGCCGACGCCGAGCAAGCCAUCGCUCGCAUGGUGGACCGUGCCGUGAACCAACUGGACCGCGACCAAAAGGUCUUCAAUCACGUGCUGAAAGACCUUGACCCUAUCCCACCCUUCAGCCGAGUGGUGGCCUUGCCCUUCGUCGAUAGGCAGGCCUUAGAAAAGGUACGGCAUCUCGGUCAGGUGACUUGGGAAGAUGUGAAGUUCCUGUGCCAGGACGACAUCGAGGCUUGUGCUGGUGAGUGUUGUCUGCUGAGCCGAGUCAAGCACAUCCCAGAGUUCUGCCAGGAGCAUGCGGCUCAUGACGAUGCCAAGCUCCUGCUCACCUGGUGGCGUCGCACCUUUGACCUCGACACGACUAGACUCAGUGUGCAGCAGCAGAAAGAUGGUGGUGGGCAGAGUGUGCGGCCUGCUGUCGUCGCUGCAGGUGCAGAACAUCAGCAAGAUGCGCGUGGAGGUGCGCACGUACGGCCAGGCUGUCAGCGAGACCGCAGCACGCGCCACGUCAUCCUUCCUGACUCCCGACCACUCGCAGGUGCUGCGGCGCCGUGACGACUUCCUCAUCCUGGCAGGUCCACCUGGUGCCGGCAAGACGAUGCUGCUGACUCUCAAGGCGCGCCAGUGGCUGGUGGCUGGCCGCUUCGUGGUCGUCCUCAACAUGGGUCGGCAGGAAUCCGGCUUUCCUCGAGCCUACACGCUUCAGAAGGCAGUCAACUGCGACCUCCCCAACGGCACUCUCAAGGCCGCCAGGAUGAACAUCGGCUUGUGCAACAUCUCGUUAGAAAUGUUGGAACAAACGGUUGGGACGGAACUCGCUCGCUUGACUGAAGAUCUCAUGAUCUCUCUUCAGACUGAAAGCUCGUUCUCCAAGGAGUACGCAGUAAAGCUGAAAGAUGAUAUAGAAAGGGGGAGAGGAUAUAUUUGCUUCAUAGUUGACGAGGUACUUCCAGACCUCGAGAAGUUCGUGAGGGUCAGGAAGCUCCUGGAGGUGAUUUCCGGGAGGCCGGAGACUCGGUGCGUGUGGUGGGGCACCACGGGGUUGGUGGAAGAGGGCGCUUGGCAGAGGUACUCCCUCGUGACGAUGAAGAGCGUGUUGCGGCUGCCGCCUGCGGUGCAGAGUCUGUUGCAGCGGCUGGAAUGGCGAGAUCCCUGGAAGGCGGUCUACUCGACCUCCAGCGCGGAUGCAGGGCUCCCGACGGACGGUCCUCCUGCCAUAUUCCUUCACCACAAGCAUCACCUCCAGUCCCCCUCCAGUAACACCUCCUCCUGCCCCUCCACCAGACAGCUGUUCCACUGAACAUAUUCUGAAGCCCGAGGAGACGAGGGAUGUCACGAAUGCCGUAGCUUCGACAACAGUGUCCCUCAAGGGCCCACUGCAGUGCAGUCAGUGCGCGGAGGAUGUGGCCCGGUUCCUGAAGAGCCUCCUGCAAGAGUCGGAAAUUCCCGACUUCCCCACGCUGCUCACCUUCCGCAGGACCAAUUCUGCUGGAGUCAAGGAUCACUCGCCGGGGAAAAUAGAGUUCAAGGACAUUCUCCUUCUGACGGCCAUUCCAAGGUCCUGUCAUGGAGGUCAGCAAAGGGCUUUCCUCAGGGAAAAAGAAGAAGCGUUUUGGUCCGCCAUCAGGUCUUGCAACUUCGUGAGGAGCUUCCAAGACCUGGGCAUACCUGUUCAGGUGGAGCGUGAUGAGCAAUCUCAAGAAAUCGCGGUCGGUUCCGGUGAAAAGGUGGUGUUCACAGACGUGAAGGUGGCUCGUGGGUUGGAGAGAAAAGUCGUUGUUUUUAUUCCAUUAUUUUCCGAUGACCCGUUCGCACCUUUAGCUGGAGACAUGUCUGCGUGUACAGACAACAUUCAGCCAAGCGUGCAAGAGGCUGCUAAUGGCGCAAAUCACAGCGGAAGUGACGAUGUCCGAGCAGAUUCCAGUGGUCAGAAAACUCACCAGCGAACAGCAGAGGAACAGUUCUCUCCCAAUACAUCUUUUGUUGAUGUCAUGUCAAGAGAUUCAGGUGAUGAAAAGGUUCGGGCAAGGCAAGCUGCCUUCUGCCAUGCCCAGCGAGAUGCCGACACCCUCGCAGUCAUCAAAACAGACGCCACCUCGAAGCGAUGCUCUCCCCUGCCAUGGUGCAUUGACGCCCUUGUGUCUGAGCUGGACGAGGCCACCAGGAAGGGACUGUACACAGCGGCUUCUUGCUGUGUGUCGCAGCUGUUUGUCGUCGUUCCAGACCCGUGCUUUCUCUCCAAGUAAAGACAUUAUUUUCUUCUUCAGCAGUCUUUCUGACUUGUUCUUGAUAAACAUGUAUGCUUAUAGACUGUGUAUAUUUAUAUAUUUGAAACAUUUUUGGUGUUGUGAAACAAAUAUCAAUGUAGAUACAAAAUGAUUGGUAAAGGGGUUAGUGAUCUCAUCAUUCACGGUGUCUUCAUCAACAAAGACCAUGGAUGCUUUAUUUUCAAUGUUGAAAAUGACUGCAAUUGUUUUGAAAGAUAAUUCUUGUUAUGUGUGUACCAGAAAAUUUGGUAGAUAAAUCAACCUCUGUUUGUAAAUAUAAAUGUUUAAGACCAAACUCUGUAAAAGAUGUUAGCGAAGAGAUGAUCUUUCUUAUGUUGGGAAACUUACUGUAAUCAGCCUCGACUGCAAUUAAAUGUCAG